AACACAAACUUGCACCCGCCCCGAGUUCCGACACACACAGUCCGCGGGGGAGAGCAGAGCAGAGCACUCGGUGUAAACAGUUGCAAUGUGACGUGUGGUGGAGGAAAAGUCGAGUUCAGACGGGACGGCGACAGCAUCUUUCCAACAGACAGAGGAAUAAAUCAAGUUAUGGAGCUUACACGUGUCUUUGUGAUCCUGGCCCAGUGUGUGUGGCCCCUGUGGACUCAGGUCAUCCCACUCUCAGACAUGUAUGGGACCAUCAAGUCUCCAAACUUUCCUGAACCCUAUCCUAAAGAAACAGAUCUACAAUGGAAUAUAACUGUACCCGAUGGAUAUCAAAUCCGACUUUAUUUUAUGCACUUUGACAUAGAGCCUUCAUACCUAUGUGAGUACGACUACCUAAAGGUAUAUUCAGACAUCGAGGAACUGGCUGUUUUUUGUGGAAGAGAGAAAACUGACACAGAACGGGUUCCUGCAUCAGAUAUCAUCCUGUCUCCAGGAAACGUGCUCAGUGUGGCUUUCCGUUCAGACUUUUCCAAUGAGGAACGCUACUUUGGAUUUGAGGCUCACUUCAGUGCGAUUGAUGUAGAUGAAUGCAGAGACAGAAAUGAUGAAGAUCUUGUCUGUGAUCAUUUCUGCCACAACUACAUUGGCGGCUUUUACUGUUCCUGUCGUUUUGGGUUCCUGCUUCAUUCCGACAACAGAACCUGUAAAGUGGAGUGCAAUAAGAAUGUGUACACGGAGCGCUCUGGAGAAAUAACCAGUGCUGAUUUCCCAAAAGCGUACCCCAAAAGCUCUGAGUGCAAGUACAGCAUUGAGCUGGAGGAAGGUUUUCAAGUCAGUCUGGAGUUUGAUGACACGUUUGAUAUCGAAGACCACCCUGAAGUCUCCUGCCCUUAUGACUUUAUCAAAAUUCAGGCAGGAGAGAAAGAGUUUGGUCCAUUUUGUGGUGAGAAGUCACCUGGGAAGAUCCAGACAGGAAGUAACAUCGUCAACAUCCUGUUUCACAGUGACAACUCCGGAGAGAAUCUCGGCUGGAAACUCACUUACACCUCUACAGGUCCUGAAUGCUCUCCUCCAACGCCGCUCCUCAAUGGACAACUAGAGCCUCUGCAGCCUAUUUACAUCUUCCGAGAUCACAUUACGCUGACCUGUGACCCCGGAUACUUGCUGAGACAGGGUGAUGAAGAAUUCGAGCACUAUCAGAUCGAGUGUCUGAGGGAUGGGAAAUGGAGCAGUGGCGUCCCGCUGUGUAAAAAGGUUGACUGUGGUCCAGUAGAUGAACUUCUGGCUGAGGUUGUUUUUGUGAACUCUGACAACAGCACUGUGUUUGGAUCCCAAAUCCAGUACAGCUGCAGAGACUCUGCUGUCAACAACACAUACACCUGUAACCAGAGUGGGAUAUGGCUUAGUGAUGAUGGGAUGCCGCUGCCCUCCUGUCUGCCAGGAGUUAUUGAAGGAAAUUUGAGCAGGCCUGCCGGUCCUGAAUCUCCUACGCCACUUGCAAGCACUCCUCUUGCAUGUGGUGAGCAAUCCCAGCCCUUCCCUGCCCAUCAGAAGCGAAUUGUAGGCGGCAGACCAGCAUCUCCGGGUCUGUUCCCCUGGCAGGUUCUUCUCUCAGUGGAGGAUGUGUACCGUGUGCCUGUGGUUCGCUGGUUCGGCAGCGGGGCUCUCCUCUCUCCACUCUGGAUCGUCACAGCCGCUCACGUCCUCAGAUCUCACCGCCUUGAUCUUUCCGUCGUCCCGGUCGAUCCUGAACACAUCCAAGUGCACUUAGGCCUUACAGAUGUCCGCCAAAAACACUUAGCCACAAAUCGGUCCGUAGAGAAAAUCAUCCUCCAUCCUCAGUUUGACCCUCAGAAUUAUAACAACGACAUCGCUUUGGUUAAACUUAACCAGGAGGUGGCGCUGUCUGCGUUAGUACGGCCUGUUUGUUUACCAAGACCUGGUUUAGAUAGUCAAGUUUUAACCCCUAACACUUUGGGUAUUGUAGCCGGUUGGGGCAUCAACGCAGCCAAUGCUUCAGCCUCUAGCAGUGGUUUAACAUCUGAUUCCAGUUCAGUUUCUGAGCUUCUCCAAUAUGUGAAGCUUCCGGUGGUUUCACAGGACGAAUGUGAAGCCAGUUAUGCGUCGAGAUCUGUUAACUAUAAUAUCACUGGUAAUAUGUUCUGCGCUGGCUUUUACGAGGGAGGUCAGGACACCUGUUUGGGGGACAGCGGAGGGGCGUUUGUCACUCAGGACGGCCGCAGCGGGAGGUGGGUGGCUCAUGGGUUGGUGUCCUGGGGCGGGCCAGAGGAGUGUGGCAGUCAGAGGGUGUAUGGAGUGUACACACGGGUGGCUAACUAUCUGCAGUGGCUGCACACACACAUGGAUGCGGAGCGCUGGUGGUGAGUGUGUGGUAAAAUGGUAGCAGCUUUUUUGGUCAUUCCUACACUGUGACAAAUAAGAAUUAAGAGUUUUCCGUAUUUUGUGAUUCUUUUCUUUUAUUUAUGGUUUUGAUUUGCAUUUUGGGACCUUGAUCUUUUCUUCAAUGCUUCUUGAUUUGGAAAAGUUUGUAAAAGUGUUUUAUUGACAUUUUUAAUAGUUUGGAAUUAUAUAUUGACUCUAAAAAGACCUUUGCUGUUUGUGUAAACUACUUAUCUAAUAUGAGCUGAAAUAACCCAAUUCUUGAAGUUUUUUAGUGACAACUGUUUUAUGUUCAAUCAACUUAAAUUUGUAAAAAAAAACUAAUAAGUGAACUUAAUUUCUUUAUGUUGUCCUAACACCAAUUAAGUGGAACCCAGCAUUUUUAAAAUGCAGUGUUGCCUGCAUUAGUGUAGUAAAUUAUAGUGCAAAAUAUGUAGUUAUAUGUUGAAAUAUAGUGCACAAAUAUACAGUUGAAGUCUGAAUUUUUAGCCCCCCUAAAUUAUUAGACCCCCUGUUUAAUUUUCCCCCCAA